AUGGACGUCGACACAACAACACCGCGUACGGAGAGCACGCAGGCUGCGCCGGCCAAGGUCCUGGAAGUUCGUGGGUCCAAGCUUGGUCGGAGUCAUGGGAAGGCUUGGAAGGGGGAGAAGGAGAGUACGCGGCGUACUCUUAUGGCCCCGGGCUUAAGGUCGACUUUCUCCAAGCGGAUUGAGCAGGAUAUGGCCAAGAAGGCUGUUAAGGCUGUCGAGAAGGAGAUGAAGGACGAGGCUCAGGAGGAGCAUGAUCGCAAGGUCACCGCCAUCCGUGAGCGCCGCGCGCGCAAGGCCGAGAAGGAGCGCCUCGAGCAGGUUGCCGCCAGGAUGUCGGCCAAGAAGCUCCAGCGCCUCAAGAAGCGCCAGGGCCGGUCGAAGAAGAUCAACGGGUAG